AUGAGUUUUAAAUUUUCAAAAUUUUGCCAUCUGCAAAAUGGCGUUGUGUUCCAUGAUAUUGUGCACUGUGAACUGAGUGACAUUUCGAAGAGCUGCGCCGAGCUGUACAAAUCUGGUCAAAGGAUCAGCGGUGUUUAUACAAUCGACCCUGAUGGCUCAGGCGCCUUUGAUGUGUUCUGUGACCAAAACACAGCCGGUGGGGGGUGGACAGUGUUCCAGAAGAGACAAGACGGUUCUGUUGAUUUCUUCCGUGGCUGGUUCUACUAUAAGAAAGGUUUUGGUAAUCUGAAUGGAGAGUUUUGGCUGGGACUGGACAAGAUAAACCGCUUGACCAACAGUGGGAAGUUUAAGCUUCGUGUGGAUCUGCAAGACACGAAAGGAAAGACAGCGUUUGCCUUGUACGAUUACUUUGCCGUCACCAGUAAGAGGACUAAGUACCAGCUCAGUCUUGGAGCUUACUCGGGUACAGCUGGUGAUUCUCUUUCCUAUCAUCGUGGUUGCCCCUUCACAACUAAAGAUCAGGAUAAUGACGUCAACAAGAGUGGUAACUGUGCUGCAAGCUAUAAAGGAGCUUGGUGGUAUAAAAGUUGUUACCAUUCGAACUUGAAUGGUGAAUAUCGUCACGGAAAACACUCAAAUGCUGAUGGCGUAACCUGGAGUCAUUGGAAGGGUAAUUACUACUCCGUCAAGAGGGCGGAAAUGAAGAUUAGACCAGCAGGGUUCUAAUAUCGUAUUGGACAGAUUAAAUCCUAAAUUUUGCUUGGCUUAUUAAAGGGAAAUUUUU